AUAAUUUUAGACGACAAUAAUACAAGUUUUUACGUUUCAACUGUAUAGUGUAUAUAUAAUAAUAAUAAUAAUAAUGAAUCAUUAACCAAAACAUUCGUUUUUCGUUAUGUGUUGGCAGAUAGUGAUUGAAAAAAAUAUCAGUCUCGAAGGUCGUGAUGUUAAACGUAUAUGUCCGUGGUUGUAUAAGUAUGACUGUGGCUUGUCAGGAUGAAAUAUUAUGACAGUUCGGUUACUAAAAAAUAAAACGGACAUUAUAUCAUUUCAAGAUGGCCAAUUGGACUGCUUUCACUUCCGACAGUUCACCAAAGGUGCCAAAUCGUCCCGCUCCCCCGCCGCCCAAAGUGAAUAAGCCUUUAACUCAAUCAAGAUUAGCAAAAGUAUUAUCAUUGAAACAUUCAAAAUCACUCAAUGGUUUUCAACAACCUGUCAAGAAGAAACCUCCUCCUAGACCACCUCCCCCAAAAUUUGCACAAACACCUAAAAGUCAAGGUAAAGCUGGUUUGUCAUCUUUAAUUGGAUUUAAAGCAAAGCAUACUACUCAGACACCUUGGGUUGCAAAACCCAAUGAAAUCUCUAAAUUUUCAAGUAAUACUCAGAUGGUGGGGUGUCUCAUAGACUUAGAUUCACCUCAAACUUCUCCUACAUCUACUCAUAAAUCUAGUAGUGAUGGAAAUAGUGUUGAUAGCUUCAACAGUGAUUUUGGGCCCUGGAAAGGUUCACAAGCUGAAAGUAGUGGUUUUGAAGAUGAUUUUGAUUUAUUAUGUUCCAAUGCAGAUAUGGAUUAUUUUAAAAACCGCUUUUCAAUUGAAAGUUCAUUACCACCACCUUCAUUACCUCCACCAAUGUUACCACCAGAUGCCCUUAAUGUAUUAUUAAAUGGUCCUCAAUUACCUCCAAGACCGAAUAAGUUGCAAACCGAACUGUCGAAAUCACAGUCAAAGUGUAUUGCUCAAUUUGAUUACAUGUCUGGUCAUGUAGAUGAUCUAGCUUUUAAGAAAGGUGAUGAGAUUCUCAUCACACGAUGUGUCAAUGAUGAAUGGUUAGAAGGUACAUUGAACGAGCAUACUGGAAUGUUUCCCAUUAGUUAUGUUGAAAUAACUGAACCAUUACCCAAGGAAUCUCUGACCAAUCAAGAAAUCCGUAAAGUAAUAGCUGUGUUUUCAUUUAAACCAGAAUGUUGGGAAGAUCUAAGUAUACAAGAAGGUGAUCAAAUUCAAGUAUUAAGAAGAAUUGAUGAAAAUUGGUUGUAUGGAGAAUGUAAUGGAUCUAAAGGCCAAUUUCCAUCAAAUUUUGUCACUGAACUACCUGAUGAUUUGUAACAAGCAUAUUGUGAUAUUAAAAUAAAAUACAUUUAUAUAUAUAUAUACAUUUA